CGCUACACUUGCAACGUUUCUGCGCAUGCGCCGAAUUCGACUAUAACAGAAGGAUACUUAAUUUUCUACAAAUAACGUCUCUGUGUCAAUCAAUUAUUUUGUAUUUAAAAGAAUAUUCAAAAAUGUCAGGAAAAUCAAAAGCAUUUACUAAAGAGGAAGAACUUCUACUUCAGGAUUUUUCCAGAAACGUUUCUACCAAAUCUUCUGCAUUAUUUUAUGGUAAUGCUCUUAUCGUCUCUGCGAUCCCUAUUUGGCUAUUUUGGAGGAUUCAUAUGAUUGAUCUAUAUACUAAUUUGAUAUCUUUCGUUUUGGUCACUUUAAUAAGCACAUAUACUCUUGCUCUUGCAUAUAAGAAUACAAAGUUUAUUCUGAAGCACAAGAUCGCAGUAAAGAGAGAAGAUGCAGUUACUAAAGAGAUGAAUCGCAAACUUGCAGAGGAUAAGAAAAUGAGUAAAAAAGAAAAGGAUGAAAGGAUUUUGUGGAAGAAAAAUGAAGUAGCUGAUUAUGAAGCGACGACCUUCUCUAUCUUCUACAACAAUGCUUUGUUCCUUGCAUUCGUCAUAGUAUCAUCAUUUUACAUAUUAAGAGCAUUCUCUCCAGCAGUAAAUUAUAUACUUUCUGUGGGUGCUACCAGUGCAUUGUUAGCAUUGUUAUCUACAGGUUCUCAAUAAUAAUAACAAUUCAAUGAUUCCA